CAGCGCUUUCUGAGAGCUCGGGGAAGCCUCAGUGUUGUUUAAACUGUGGUUUUGUUUUAUCGUGUGUUAAAAUGAUUAUAGAUUAUGCAAACGCGGUUUAACAGAGCUGUAGAUCAUGAGCGGAGACACAGUUUAAUGAAGAGUGACUGUGAAUACUGAGACAGAGUUUAGAUGUGAAAUGAACGAAUGUGUUAUUCUCCUCUUCGGUUCACUCGGUUAUACUUACAGUUAAUAAUGCAGGCGGGCUCGGUUCUCCCGGCUCUGGUACCGGACCUGAGCUCCAGCGGGUCGCGGUUCCGUGUUCUUGUCUGUGUGACCGGCAGCGUGGCAGCGCUGAAACUGCCUUUGUUGGUGUCGAAGCUACUUGAAAUACCAGGGAUUGAUGUCCGUGUAGUCACCACAGACCAUGCCACCCAUUUUUACGACCUUGCUGAGGUUCCUGUCCGUGUUUACACAGACAAAGAUGAGUGGGGGAUGUGGACGACGCGUUCUGACCCCGUGCUGCACAUUGAGCUGAGGCGAUGGGCCAACCUGCUAGUCAUUGCUCCACUGGAUGCAAACACACUGGGCAAGAUAGCCUGUGGUAUCUGUGACAACCUCCUGACAUGUGUAGUACGAGCAUGGGACACAAGCCGUCCUCUGCUUUUCUGUCCUGCCAUGAACACUGCCAUGUGGCAGCACCCGAUCACUGCCCAGCAAGUGGCCAUCCUUCAGGGGUUUGGCUAUGUGGAGAUACCCUGCAUUGCUAAGAAACUGGUCUGCGGAGAUGAAGGAAAAGGUGCGAUGGCAGAGGUGUUGACUAUUGUAGAGAAGAUUCAGCAGUACCUUCCAAAAUCAGAUGUGUAAUCCCAAAGAGAGAGAAAGAAAAUUAACAUGUGGAUAUUGCCCACUAUAUAAAAAACAAUCCAUAUUGGAACUGUAUAAAUGAUUUCCGUGAAUUAAUUCUAUGAUUUAUUUAAUGUCUUUGCUUAUAGUUACCUAGUUGAAUGCUGCAGCAACAUAUUUUUUUAUUUUAGUAAAAACUAAUAAAAAAUAAAUAAAUGCCUUUG